AUGCCGUCCGCUUCAGCAUCCGGCGCGGAUACUGGCGGUUCAGCCAGAUCACGCGAACACAACCAGGGGAACCAGGAUCGCAAAUACACCGCGGAGCAGAAGGCAGCUGUGAUCCGGAUACGAAAAUGCUCGAGCACGGCGUAUUACGAGAUUCUAGCCUUGGACAAGUCAGCGUCGGAUGGGGAGAUCAAGAAGGCAUACCGCAAAUUGAGUUUAUUGACACAUCCCGAUAAGAACGGGUAUGAGGGGGCGGAUGAGGCAUUUAAGAUGGUCUCUCGUGCUUUCCAAGUGCUAUCGGACCCGGACAAAAAAUCCAAGUAUGAUAAGUUUGGCGGAGAUCCGGACAGCAGGUUCACACCUAGUGCUGGGCCCUCGGGGGGGUCUCCUUUCGGCGGCUUUGGUGGUGGUGGGUUCCCGCGCUCAGCGGGUGCUGGUGGUCCUAUGUUCGAGGAGGAGAUAUCGCCAGAGGAGCUGUUCAAUCGCUUCUUCAAUGGCGGGUUCGGAGGAGGAGGAUUCGGUCCUUUCGGAGGUUCUCAGUUUGUUUUCAAUAUGGGCGGAGGCCCAGGUUUCCGGGUACACCAGUUUGGAGGGCCCCGACCGCGACGAAGACCUCGCGAAGCCAGCGCUCAGGCCGAAGCCGCACCGUCUGGCUGGGCAACGUUCCAGUCACUACUCCCUCUUAUCCUUCUAUUCGUGCUUCCUCUGCUCUCGUCUCUUUUCUCUGGCUCGUCGUCUCCUUCCGGUCCUUCCUACAGAUUCGAUGCCGCUGUACCCCCUCAUACCAUGCAGCGGACAACGCCGAAAUACAGCAUCAAUUAUUUCGUCAAUCCUAGGGACGUGGAAGACUACAGUGCGAAGAAACUUCGCCAGUUGGACACGAAAGUGGAAGUGGACUAUAUCACCAAAUUGCGGUACGAAUGCGAGAGCGAAGUACAUGCUCGGGACCGGAUGAUGCAAGAAGCCCAGGGCUGGUUCUUCCCAGACGUAGAGAAGAUGAAGGAGGCGAGGUCCAUGGAACUUAAGAGCUGCCGGCGGUUAGAUUCUCUGAAGGGGAGAUAUUAG